AAAAAACGCCUCCAAUCAAGCUAUAAUGCUACACAAUUUUUUUGCAAACGCAUAAUUUUCACUGAAAAGCCGAAAGAAAAAUUAAAAAAAAAAACGUAGAAGCGCAUGAAAAAAACGGCUCAACAAUAAGGCAGAGUAGACAUUCGAAAGCCACUUAAACAAAUGCCAUAGGAAGCGUUUAUAGUAUUUCCUCAGCAUUUGUGAAAAAAUCGUCGCUUUCGGCUAUUGAAUUUUCAACGCGUGCGGUCAAACAGAACAAAAAAAAAACAAGUGGUAACCAUAAAGAACCGAAUUGAACCUAUUAUAAACCCAGAACUAUGAGCGACUUCCAGCAACAAGGCAUCAAUCAAUCGCAGGCACUCGCGCAGGCAAUUCAGCGUGCCAAGCAGGUGAGUUCCCACCACUUGGAAGAGGAAGAAGCGGAAGUGGGCAUUGAUUCGGCUUCUUUUGCCCCAAUCCCCAAACCAGAUCGCAGCCAAGAUCCAGCCCAGCCAGCAGGGCGGCGGCACAGCGGGUCCAUCGCCACCGUCUUCGGGUGGAGGGCCUGGCUUUAAGCGUAUCAACGACGACGGCGACAGCGGUCCGGAAUCCAAACGCUCCUUGGGCAGUCCGGAGUACGCCAACAACAGCUCCAACAUGAGCAGCGGUAGCGGGGGUGGUGGUGGCGGCGGCGGAGGUCCCGGCGGUGCCAGUAUUACUCAGGCAAUCGCCCAGGCUGCUGCGGUAGCCGCUCGUUUGGCCGCCUCGGCGGGAACAAGCUGUGAGGAGCAGAUCCGUCUGCCCGAAUCGGUAGCCGGCGCCUUUAUGGGUCGCUCCAGUAACGACACCAUCACCCACAUCCAGGCCGAGUCCGGUGUAAAAGUGCAGGUCAUGCAGGAUCAAGAUCGCGUUAUCAUGUUGCGUGGUCAAAGGGAUACAGUCACUAAGGGGCGCGAAAUGAUUCAGAACAUGGCCAAUCGGGCUGGCGGGGGACAGGUGGAGGUGCUGUUGACGAUCAAUAUGCCGCCACCGGGACCUAGCGGGUAUCCACCUUACCAGGAGAUCAUGAUUCCGGGCGCCAAGGUGGGCUUGGUCAUUGGCAAGGGCGGCGAUACCAUUAAACAGCUGCAGGAGAAGACCGGAGCCAAAAUGAUCAUCAUCCAGGACGGACCAAACCAGGAGCUGAUCAAACCCCUUCGCAUAUCCGGCGAGGCGCAGAAGAUAGAGCACGCCAAGCAGAUGGUGCUCGAUCUGAUUGCCCAGAAGGAUGCACAGGGUCAGCAACAGGGUGGUCGGGGCGGCGGCGGAGGUGGCGGCGGUCCAGGCAUGGGAUUCAAUAACUUUAAUAAUGGCAACGGCGGCGAGAGCACCGAAGUCUUUGUGCCCAAAAUUGCAGUUGGCGUGGUCAUCGGCAAAGGCGGCGACAUGAUACGUAAAAUACAAACUGAGUGCGGCUGCAAACUGCAGUUCAUCCAGGGAAAGAACGACGAAAUGGGCGACCGCAGGUGCGUCAUUCAGGGCACUCGCCAGCAGGUCGACGAUGCCAAGCGCACCAUUGAUGGGCUAAUUGAAAACGUUAUGCAACGAAAUGGCAUGAAUCGAAAUGGCAAUGGAGGAGGCGGUGGCCCAGGAGGAGACUCUGGCAACUCCAACUACGGCUAUGGGUACGGCGUAAAUCACGCUCAAGGUGGACGGGAGGAAAUUACAUUCCUAGUUCCCGCUUCCAAAUGUGGAAUUGUUAUUGGUCGCGGCGGUGAGACCAUCAAGCUGAUCAACCAGCAAUCUGGAGCGCACACUGAAAUGGAUCGCAAUGCCAGCAAUCCCCCCAACGAGAAGCUCUUCAAAUCUAAGGGCACCACCGACCAGGUGGAGGCUGCCCGCCAAAUGAUUUCCGAGAAGAUCAACAUGGAGCUGAAUGUCAUUUCUCGCAAGCCCAUCGGUGGAGGUCCCGGCGGUGGUGGCGGAAAUUCUGGCGGUGGCCAGAACAAUUCCCACCACAAUCAGCAGCAAGGCGGCUAUGGCGGCCAGAAUCAAAUGCAGGGCGGCGAUCCCAACUCGGGAGCUGGCUACCAACAACAGCCUUGGGGUGGACCCUACGGGCAGCAGGGUUGGGAUCCGUCCGGUCAACAGCAGCAAAUGGCCAUGGCUAAUCAAGGGGGCUCUGCUGCGGGAGGAGCUUCCGGUGGUCAAGACUACUCGGCUCAGUGGAUCGAGUACUACAAACAAAUGGGAUGCCAUCGUGAGGCUGAAAUGAUCGAGCAGCAAAUGAAGGCCAAACAGGCGGGCGGCUCCUCCGGUCCUGUCCAGCAGCAACAACCCCAACAGCAGCAACAGUCCCAGCAGCAGACAGGAGGCGCCGGUGCCGGAGGAGCGGACUACAGUGCCCAGUGGGCGGAGUACUAUCGCAGCGUGGGCAAGAUUGAAGAAGCUGAGGCAAUCGAAAAGACAUUAAAGAAUAAGCAGAACGGAUCUGGUGGCCAGAGCAGUACGCCGAAUCCCAGCCAGGGCGGCUCCGGCCAGCAGCAGCCCAAUCCCGCUGCGGCGGCGGCGGCAGCAGCUGCUGCUGCAGCGGCGGCCGGUGGUUAUGGCCAGAGCAUGACGCCCACUCAGUAUGCACAGUAUUCGCAGUAUUAUGCAGCUGCUGCUGCAGCUGGUGGUCAGCCCCAGGGAGCGCCUCAGCCCGGCGGAGGGCAGAGCGGUGGUCCGCCGGGCAACUAUCCUGGCAAUUAUCCGGGCGCUGGUUACGGCGGCUAUCCCGGUGCGCCGGGCCAACAGCAGCAGAAAUCGCACAAAAACGACAAUCACUGAGGACGUUCGGAUGUAUCGGAAUCGUCGGUAGGGGGAAGGAGGUGUAUGUGGGAGUGGAAGCGAACGCCGAAGUGGAAGAUGCUGCGGGUUGAGGACGAUGCAGGUGCCUUGAAUGGGUGAUCUAUUGUUCUACUAUGUCCCUAUGUCUUUUAUCCCCCCACAAAACUAGCAAAUCAGAAAUGAAAAGCAAAUGAUUUUUAAUUGCAAUAACAACAGCAAAAGCAAAAGCAGAAGCAUCACCACCACCACAUAGACAACACACGGGAUGGAGGCGGACAUCAGGCGAGGACCCGGAUAAAUCGGAGAACGUUAAGCUUUUGCAGAAUUGUAAAUUAAUACUAUUAACACUGUCUAUUAUUUGGAUACUGCAUAUAAUUUCACCAUAGCUUGUAAGAGAUUAUCCCGAGAUCCUAAGUCUACUUUUACCUAAUAAUUAUACAUAAUUCCGACCGAUUGAAACAUAAUGCUCUUGCUGUUCAUGAUCACCACUUGCACAGACAUACUAAGAGACGCUAAUUGAAUCCGUUUUGGGUGUUUUGUUCAUUUUUAUACACAUCUGCAUAUAUAUAGUCAUAUAUAUAUAUAUAUAUAUAUACAUCGCAUAUAUAGGUUCUUUCACCGUCAAUUCAGGCAGCCAAUCUGCAAUGGGCGUUCAGUAAUUAAAGACACCCUUUGUUAAAAUUCUCAACUUUAAUGGUAGCAAUAAACAAAUCGAACGUUUUAUAUACACGAACUCAUUUUCACGUACUUAGCUUAGCUUAGUUGUACUAGAAGCCAUUUGAACUAUAUAUGAUCGACAUUUACACUUGAUCAUAUAUACAUAUGUCUGCUGAUCUGGUAAGAUUUAAAAGAUUUGAUCGAACCUUUUUAUUAAAUUUGAUUCAAGUGAGGGCCAGGUACAAAAGGUUAUCUUCCUUAAUUGAUAUUUAACAUCUUGCAUAACAAUAUUUUCAUCUUUCAGUUCUGGAGAAUCUAUGAAAUCAUUUUUGUAGCACUAAGGUGAAACUGAACUGAGUUUAAAAUUAUUUCCUGCUCUAUAAUUGUAUAUUUUUUUAAAUUAUAAACCUGGUUUGAAUACGCUUGCAAUAUUUACCUUUAAACGAACGCGCAGGAUAAUCAUGCUUGUUUUAAUAUCUAUUUCACCAAAUGCAAACAUAAAGUAUGUUAUUUUCAGAGGACGCUCUUCAGACCAGUUAAUAGCAGAAAUACGAAAUCAAACCCCAAAACUUUUUCACACUAUAACAAAUAACGAAAACAAAAAAAAACACGAUGAAAUACGAACCAUACAUAUAUUGUAAAAGUGUCAAACUUGGUAAGAUUGUGUGUUGUUAUUACUGUCUAUUAAACAUAUUGCAAUUGAAACAAUGAAACUUACCCAAUGAAUGUAGGUCUACCAUAAUUUAGUCUUAAUACCGAUAUAUAAUCUAAGUUUUACGUCUCCCCAAAUAUCUGAUUGUUGCAACAGCAGAUCAACCAUAUUGUAACCGUUGUUCGGCCACGCGGGAUCAGUUCGGGACUACCAUCCAAAUCCUGAACUCCGUCCUGCGGCCGGCCGGCAAAGCAUUGAAUAAACAUUUAAUAUACCAUAUAAUAUAUAUUCACAUACAUAUAUUACCAGCACGGAGCAUUUCGGUGCUGUGUGUCCUAUUGCGUUUCUAUUAAUUACAUUUAUACCCGUUACUAAACCAAUCCUAAAACAAAAUUUUAAUGAAUAGUAACGGGUAUCAGAUAGUCGGGGCUCGACUGUAUCGCUCUUGAUUUAUUUAUCCAGCUGAUUGUUUAUGCCACAUAUGAAAAUCGUUUAUUGAGCGUAUUUUCAGAGGUUCUGGUCGUUCUUGCUCGUGGAAGAGAUCUUGGGGAUCGGGACGGGCUUUUGACUUUUCCCAGGGAUGGUCGAUUGAUUGCCACAUUAUUGGGUAUGCUUGGAACCACAUUGGAGUACAAUUUUAAUAUCAAACUGCACAUAUAUUAUAUCCAUAACUGAUUAUCCUGAAUAUUCUUUAUACUACAUACUAUUCCUUGACAAUUGACUAUAUAUAUGCAUAUAUUUAUAUACGUAUUUCUCAAUAAUUGCCUAGCAAAACGAACGAUAUUUGAUUUCCCGAACAGUGCUCCCUAUUGAUAAAUUCUGUGCUGUAUACAUAUUUGUAAAAUAUCGUUUAAAGGUAUCAUUUGCUUGCUCUAUAAGCGGUUUACAUUGGCUCCCAAGCCAAUCUCUAAUUUAUACUAUUCCAUAUUGUGUACUUUAAUAUAUUGAAUAUAUUUCGUAUAAUAAGAGCGAUUCAGGUCUAGAAUUAGGAAAUUUUUCGAAUAAUAUGGCAGUUUGAAAGAGAAGAACCCAAUUUUCAAUGUUUUUGGGAAGUCGAUUUUCUUUUUUCAUUCUAGCAAAGGUUUUCAAGGAUAUCAUCCUGCGUAUCUUAUAUCGACCAAGGUAAGUAUGACCCAACCAAAUAUUAAAUGUAGAACGUUCAAUAACCCAUUUCGUUGAGCAUUUCUUUUGGGUCCAAUGUCAAGCCGUUUAUUUUGCAAUCAAAUGAUAUUUUUGAAAUUUACAUUUCUGCAUACAUUUCCAUUCGUUUCAUUUAAAUUACGUGCUUUGAUCUAUUUGCAGGAACAAUUCAGAGAAAAGUUGAUUCCUUCUCCCGUAUUAUCCACACUUCUCAUUGAUAUAUGUAUUUUUGUCCCGAAAUUGAUAUUUACAUUGUUUUUUUAUAAACAUAUAUUAACCAUUUUUGACAAUAUAUAAAUAUAUAUAUUAUAUCUGAAUCAUAACUGACUAUCUGUAUGUUUCAGCGUUUUGUCCACUCGACAGCUUUCAAUUACCACCCGGUAAAUCCCCGACAGAAAUUAGUUUAAUUAUUUUCUUAAAUCGUUUAGAUAAUUGUUAAAUUCAAUUGUAG